UUUGCCAUUCAAGUGCGGUUUCUGCUCUCACUGUAGUAGCCUACCUUUCCAGUUUUAGUUUUCAUGGUUUUACUGCCAGAAGCCUAGGGUGGCGAUAAUUAUUUUCUCCAGCAGUGCAAUAAGUUUGUAGGAGUUGCUUCAACCGUGAAAUCAGUCACAGGAUGCACUGUUUUGCAGCGCCUCAGAGCGAAGAUUUUUGGUGAGAGAGCGCGUCGCUCUCGCUGUAGGACCGGCUAACAUUGUGCGUUGACGUCGCGUCGUCAGAAACGUAGACAUCAUAAUUUAUAUUAUUCUUGACCGACUGUACAUGCAGAUUGCGUUUAGUGUUCCAUGGUCAAGAAAUAGUCAUGAAGGUUUCAGAGACCAGGGGAGCACAUAAGUGCGCUGAAAAAAUGGAGAGAGAAGCUGCAUCUUUGAAGCGGCAAUAUUGCUGCACAACUGUCAUGAACGUUAUCUCGUCUUUAUUCUCUGUGGCGUCCCUUGCCUUUUGUAUAUUUUUAAGUCUGCAAACAUCAGAGAUCAAUGACAGGGUCCUGGAUUUGGAAACUGGACAUGGCGAGCACGUCUUUCACCGGGUGUCCGGCUUUUCGGUGGAUCAGUUUAAUUCAUUGAUUCAAGAGAGAGUGAAUGAGCUCCUGUCACAGCGCUCCUAUGAACAUUUCGCCAAGAUACGGAUUGCCCGACAAGUUAGCCCUAGUCCUGAUUGCAACUGUCCCCCAGGCUCGCCAGGAAAGCGGGGAAGAAGAGGCCGGAAUGGUGAACUUGGACCUCCUGGUACUCCUGGUCCACAGGGUGAGAAGGGGGAUCAAGGCGACCAAGGACCGCGGAUGGUCUUCCCUAAGAUCAAUCAUGGCUUUCUUUCCGCUGACCAGCAGCUCAUAAAGCGGCGGCUUAUUAAGGGAGAUCAGGGUUCAGCAGGUCCACCAGGGCCUCCUGGGCCCCCAGGUCCCCCUGGCCCCAGAGGGCCACCAGGGGACACAGGCAAGGAUGGGCCCCGGGGAGUGCCAGGUCUGCCGGGAGAUCCUGGGACCACAGGAGAGCUAGGACUGAUGGGACCUGAGGGGCCACCAGGACAAAAGGGUUCCCUUGGGCCUCCUGGCGUCCCAGGUGUUGAUGGGCUGAAGGGUGAAAUGGGAGAGCGAGGUGAAAAGGGUGACUUGGGAGAAGAUGGUCAAAGAGGUGAAGCCGGGGAGAAGGGUGAUGCGGGCUCCUCUGCGGCAGGCAUCAAGGGUGAACCAGGAGAGCCAGGACGUGGGGGAGCAAAGGGAGAGCCAGGACUUCCAGGGCUGCCUGGACUUCCCGGGAUUAAGGGUGAGCCUGGAUUCCUAGGACCUCAGGGAGAACCAGGGCUCCCAGGACUACCAGGAACCAAGGGCGAGCGAGGGGAACUUGGCCCACCAAGCAAAGGAGAGCGGGGCGAGAUUGGACCGCCCGGUCAAAAGGGAGGGCCAGGAGAGGCAGGGAACCCAGGCCCUAGAGGUUCAAAGGGAGGAACAGGAGACAAGGGAGACCUGGGCUCCAUGGGACCAAGGGGACCCCCUGGGCAGAAAGGUGACCAAGGAGCCACUGAAAUCAUUGAUUACAACGGUAACAUCCAAGAGGCUUUACAGAAGAUUACCACUAUUACAGUGACGGGUCCCCCUGGGCCUCCUGGACUAUCAGGACCGGCGGGAAUCAAGGGAGAUCAAGGCAUGCCUGGCCUCCCUGGGCUGGAUGGUGAAAGGGGUUUUAAAGGUUCCAAAGGAGACAUUGGAAUCCCUGGCACAUCUGGAGAAAAAGGAACUGUUGGCUUACCUGGUUUACCAGGCGUCAACGGAUUGAAAGGAGAUAAGGGUGAUACCGGUCUGCCUGGUCCUCAAGGGCCCUCAAUUAUUGGCCAACCUGGAGCACCUGGGCUCCAUGGACCCCCAGGCCCCAUGGGACCCCAUGGAUUCCCUGGACCAAAGGGGGAGGCUGGGAAUCAUGGUCUGAAGGGAGUGCGCGGGGAGUCAGGGCACAAGGGGGACAGAGGACCACUGGGCCUCCCCGGAGCCUCCGGCUUGGACGGCAAGCCUGGAAUUAGGGGUAUGGACGGGCCUGUGGGUCCCUCCGGUCCAGCCGGGCCAAAGGGGGACAUAGGUGAGAGAGGAGCUGCAGGUGAACCCGGGCCAAGGGGGCCUUAUGGACUUCCUGGAGCGGCUGGAACACCUGGCCUUGAUGGGGAGAAGGGAAAGAAGGGCAAAAAAGGGCCUAAGGGGGAGAAAGGAGAACAGGGUGCCCCUGGAUUAGAUGCACCCUGCCCAUUGGGGUUCCGGGGCUUUAAGGGUGAAAAGGGAGAGCCAGGGCAGCCUGGUCUGGAUGGGCUGGAUGCCCCAUGCCAAUUGGGCCCAGACGGACUACCAAUGCCUGGAUGUUGGCAGAAGUGAUCAAUCUAACCCGAAAAGCAUGGAGUUUGUAAAUAAUGCUUCUUUUUUGGUAUUUAUAGUUUUUUUAAAUGGAAAAUAUAAAAUAAAGAUGAAAUAUACUGUAUUGUAUGUGUACAAUGAAAAAGAGCAAAGGUCCAUCACUCCUAGCUGCUUCUACUCACCUCACUAUGUGGAACGUGUGUCACUCUCACAUCCACAUCGUGGAGUCCAGAUCCUUGGCCAGCAGCAGAACUUGCACACACACAAAGGUGUUUAGUCCCAGUCCUUGCAUGACCAGAGUGCUUGGGCACAGAUUGGAAUGUCAUGGCAAAAUUUGAUUCAAGGGUAGUAAGAAGACUGAAAAGGAGGUUGUGUGAGCAGAGGAUGAGGAGAAGGAGGCAUUGUAGGGAUCUGGACUGGCUCUUAAAAGCUUGAGCUCACCAUCCAUUCAUGACAUACUACUAGCUUAAAAGACUCCAUUCCAACAAAACACCCUCCCCACUCCCCAAAGAGCAUGACGACUGUUCCAAACUAUAUUUAGGCUAUAUGUAUUGAUAUACAGCACAUAUUUCAUUGUUGUGUGGUCAAAUUUUAUGGCUUCAGCAAAACACUAACUGGCUGUCAGUCAAUCUUACCUACUCAAAAAAGAAAACCCAGAGCUUUAGAUUUGUGGUUUUAUUUGCUCCUUUUUCUUUUAAUGUUCCAAAGGGAGUCACGCCUUGGCUGGUGGCUUAAAAAGAAUUGUUCCCCAGGAAGUCAAUUUGGGUUGAUUUUCUUUAUUGUGGUGGGAUCUGCAAUGAGUCAAUAGAUACAGGUCUUCACCGUUGCACUUGGGUGGGUCCAAGGGCCCGUUCCCUGCUGCCAAUGACCACUUGUUAUUGGACUUGGAGGAGAGUGUGGGAGCUCACUGCACUGUGCACAGACAAUCGGAAAUGGGUUAGGCUGACAAGGACUUCGGAUUCAACGGACCUGUUUGGGAUCCCUCCAAGUAGGGGAGACAGUGGGCCUCGGCAAGGAGACUCCAAUCAUCUCUCCUGCCAAUCACUGGUCUCCAUGGCGAUCAAGGAGUGUGUCUGCCUGUAACAAUGUUACAGUCACAACACUACAAGGUCAAGAUGGAAUUCUGCCUUUUUAUUUGAAGUUUUACUCUUGUACUUACUUGUAAUACUUUUUUCUGUGUAUAACAGCCUUUGGUGCCUCAAGAUUUUGUUAUUCAUUCCUUUAUCAGAACUGUGCAACUUUUUGUCCUGCUUUGAGUAAUUGGAAUGGUCUUUAUUGCGCAAUGGUAACCUCUUGUAAAUUGUUAAAGUAUAAAAACACCUAUGUUGCACUCUUAAUAUAUAUUGAACGUUGAUAUUACUGGGUGUUAAUAUGGCAUGUACAUUAUGGCUUCAAAUGAACAUAAACUUCUGUGUAACACAAAGGGAAUUUGUUUGUCGCAAAGAUUUAAGUCAUUUUUAUGAUUACACAGCAUCAGAUUUUACACUCAUUUGAAGAAGCAUACAGUAUGUGCAAACACUGAGAUAUAUAACACUUGCUGGCCAUUAAGUGUAAAAUUCAUUCUGUGAGUUACAAUGUGCUUCACUGCAAGUUUCAUGUAUCUUUACAUUUAAAUGCAGUAAUAUGUCUGCAACAAUAAGCUUUUUGUACAUUUUGACCUGGUAAUUCAGUAUAGGUGAAAAUGCCUUUCGGUAUAUCCAUAAUUUGUUGCUAGAUAAUUGUUGUUUUAUCCAAAUGUCAAGUGUCAGUUUGCAUCAACUGGAUAAUGUCUACAGUACACCAUACGAAACAUUCAACCUUUUUUUAUUAUUUUGUUUUCUCAAACACAUUUCAUUUCAGUUGAAUUUGUAACCCAGAAUCAGAUUCAUUGCCAUUUACAUCACAUUCCAAAGCAAUUUCGACAAAAAAAGUGGGCCUAUUUCUUCAUUUCUUAAUGUUAAGGAUUUCAUAAUCCCAACAAUGCCCUUAUGCACAAUGAUUUUUUAUGCAUAAUAAUAUUCGGUCUAGUGUAGCAAAAUUUGAAAUUGUGUUUUUGACAUUGGUUAAAAGUGGAGAC